AUGUACCGCAAAGUAUCUGUAAUAGGCGGAGGCAGCUGGGGAACAACUGUAGCAAAAGUGGUAGGCGAAAACUAUGCCAGAAAAGGCAAAGAGGAAAAGGUGACUCUUUGGAUAUACGAAGAGAAAGUGGGCGGGCGCAACCUAACAGAGAUAAUAAACAUGGACCAUGUGAACACAAAGUAUCUUCCUGGGGUAAGCCUGCCUGAAAACGUGCAGGCGCUGUCAAGUGUCGAGCAGGCUGUUGAGGGCGCCGAGAUAGUUUUGCUCACAGUCCCACACGAGUUCCUGGACGGAAUACUCAAUAGCAUGAAAGGCAAGAUUUCAAAAAGUGCUAUUCUUGUGAUUUUAACAAAGGGCUUUUUCUUUAAGGGCGACAAGAUGGAGCUGAUCUCAGAGAACAUUAAAAAAAGCAUGGGCGUGAGAGUGUGCACGCUUAUGGGCGCAAACAUUGCAGGAGAUGUCGCAAACUGCCUUUUGAGCGAGUGCACGCUUGGGUACGAGGACGCAGAGGCCAGAGACGCUGUUUUGGAGCUUUUCGAGUCCCCGUACUUUAAAGUCAACCCAGUUUUGGACUCUGGUUGCGUUGAGGUCUGUGGGACUCUGAAGAACGUGGUUGCAAUCGGAUGCGGGAUUGUUGCAGGAAACAAGCACGGAGUAAACACGCUUGCUGCGGUGAUCAGAAAUGGCCUGCUGGAGAUGGUCAGGUUCUGCGACCAGUUUAUCAAAAAGGCGUCGUCCCCAGAGGCCGUUCCAAGAGUGUUCUUUGAGUCGUGCGGGCUGGCCGAUUUGAUAGUGACGUGCACGUCGGGAAGAAACUUCAAAUUUUCCAAGCUGGCAGCAGAAAAAGGCAUUUCAAUAUCAAAAAUAGAGACCGAGGAAAUGAACGGGCAGAAGCUGCAGGGAUACUCAACCAUCAAGGAGCUGAUCCAGUUUAUGGGGCUGAACAAGAUUGAAAAAGAGUACCCCUUCCUGUAUGCAAUAAGUAUAUCCGCCACAACAGACUUGUCAGCUGACAAGAUCCUGCAAGCCAUCCAAGAAAAAUAA